GUGGACCAUCGGCCUGCAGGUGGCAGUACCCUUCCUGUGUGCAGGUGUGGGGCUGUCCUGGGCAGGCGUGCUGCUGGACUACUUCCAGGCCAGCCAAUUCCUUGACCUUGAAGCAGAAAGCUGAAGGCCCGUGGAGCUGGCCCGAGGAGGGGGAGCCUCCAGACCGAGAUCUGCUGAGCCCUUCAAUGCCAAGAGCAGAACUGCCCAGAAUACAUGUGCAGAGCCCGCGUGGGUGCUCCCCAAGGUCAGGCCUUCGUGGGCUCCAUUUCUAUGCAGGCUGAGCCUGUGUGGGCUGGGCUGCUGGACACUGUCAAGGUCACCACCAAGGGACAGUGAACCUCCCUCAGCAGGCGGGCAGCCACUCCCCGAGGAGCACCUGCCCCGGGGCUGUGGACAACAAAGGCUGGCCGUGUCUCUUCACCACGCUGGCCUUUCUGCCUCACUCCUUUGCUCUGACCCUUGGCUGAGGGGCCACCAGGACCCUCUGCAAGCACAAAGGUUCUGACAGCUUCCUGGGAAGCCCCGAUUUAUGUGAACAUCUUUGAAGAGCGUCCUGGUGUGAGCGAGACAGGCCUCGGCUUGGCGUCCUGCCCUGGGAAUGUGACUGCCAGCACCACCAUGGUGGUUACCCAGCUGAAUCUCAAGUUCCGCUUCCAGAACAAGAAGCUGCGAGGCUUCAGCUGUGAGGUCAUCCGCUGUCCCCACGGGGUCCUCCCUGAGACUUUCUUCACCAUGACGUGUCAGGUCCUGGUGCCCAUCCUGCUGUCUGCCCUGGGCAUGAUGAUGGCCGGCCUGGUGAUGAACAACGUGCAGCACUGGCCCGUGUUUCAGGAGGUGAAAGACCUGCUGACGCUGGUUCCGCCCCUCGUGGGCCUGAAGGGGAACCUUGAGAUGACACUGGCCUCGCGACUCUCCACGGCUGCUAACACAGGGCAGAUUGACAACCCCCAGGAGAAACACAGACUCAUCAGCAGCAACCUGGCCCUCGUGCAGGUGCAGGCCACUGUCGUGGGGCUCCUAGCUGCCGUGGCUGCCCUGCUGCUGGGUGCUGUGUCCCGGAAGGAGUUGGACCUGGCACCUGUGGAGCUGCUGUGUGCCAGCAGCGUCGUCACUGCCUUCAUUGCGGCCCUGGCCCUUGGACUGCUCAUGGUUUGCAUCGUAAUUGGUGCUCGAAAGUUCGGGGUCAACCCAGACAACAUCGCCACCCCCAUCGCAGCCAGCCUGGGAGACCUCAUCACACUGUCCAUCCUGGCCUUGGUUAGCAGCUUCUUCUACAAAAACAGAGACAGUCGGUACCUGAUACCACUGGUGUGCGUCGGCUUCAUGGCCCUGAUCCCGUUGUGGGUUCUUAUUGCCAAGCAGAGCCCACCCAUCUUAGAAAUCCUGAAAUUCGGCUGGUUCCCGAUCAUCCUGGCCAUGGUCAUCAGCAGUGUCGGGGGCCUCAUCCUGAGCAACACCGUGUCUAAGCCGCAGUACAAGGGCAUGGCCAUCUUCACACCCAUCAUCUGUGGUGUUGGCGGCAACCUGGUGGCCAUUCAGACCAGCCGAAUCUCCACCUACCUGCACAUUCGGAGCACGCCUGGGGUCCUGCCGCUGGGCAUGAAAAAAUUCUGUCCCAAUCCAUGCUCAACUUUCUGCACCUCAGAGAUCAACUCCAUAUCAGCCCGAGUCCUGCUCUCCCUCGUGGUCCCGGGCCACCUGAUUUUCUUCUACAUCAUCUGCAUGGUGGAAGGUCAGUCGGUGACAGACAGCAAGAGCUUCGUGGUACUGUACCUGCUCGCAGGCCUGAUCCAGGUGACCAUCCUGCUGUACCUGGCUGAGGUGAUGGUCCGGCUGACGUGGCACCAGGCCCUGGAUCCUGACAACCACUGCAUCCCCUACCUCACGGGGCUGGGGGACCUGCUCGGCACCGGCCUCCUGGCCCUCUGCUUCCUGGUCGACUGGCUGCUGUGGAGCCAGGUGGACCUGGACUACCUGCCAGAACUGACCACUGGACCUCCCUAACCCAGCCCUGCCGGCCCUGGCCACAGUCAGAUCUCCCUCCUCACCCCAGCAGGCUCCAGAAUGCAGCAUCUCCCCGACUGGGUCCUCAGAGUGGCUGGCACCUGGCCUUGGCGGUGGCCUUGGUCAGGCUGCUGGAGGGACUCGCACGCCCUGCCGCUCUGGAGUGGGCUCCCAAGCCUCCUGGAAUAAGGGGUGCUACUUUUGCAGGUGUGAGUGUGUGUGUGUGUGCACGUGUGUGUGCACAUGUGUGCGUGGGGAGGGAGUAGCAUGUUCUGGCCGAGUGAAGCUAUACAAGAGGCACGUCCAGCUUGGUAGAGUGUAUUUGCCUGGUUCACAUUCAUGCAGUGCACAUGAGUAGAGCCUUGGGGGAUUCAGGAGCUCCACAAGCUCAGGAUGCUGUGCCUGGCUCUACUGCUGUCUCCGCCAGGCCCUGGAUCAUUCCCUGGGAAUGUGGGCAGGACAGGACCUGGCACACCCUUCUCCCAUCCCCCCCCCCACCGCCCCAGCAUCCCCUUCAGCCUUAUCACUGCUUUCUUUUUUCUCUUCCCCCACCCUUUUAUUUUAGCUUUCGUUUUUCAGCCCAACCUCUGUGUAGGUUUCAGGGAUGGGAACAGCGUAAAAUAAAACCAGUAUUGUGUAGCUCCGGCCCCUCGUGUCUGUAGACACGACUAAUGCAGCUGAGAAGUGUGAAGGCAGUGAACCUCCUGCCGCAUGCAUGCAUUUCUCUCGUGCAGUGUCUGUGAUGGGGGCGGCAGGGGGAGGGGGGGAGUGGGCACUCGCCUAAAAGCAUCAGUGUUACCAAGAAUCUUGUCCCCAUGCAAAACCUCCACUCCCAUCCUGCCUCCUCAUUCUGCUGGCAGGAUCCAUGCCCCACCCCUAGGGGUGGAGCCACUGAAUAGGUUUAAACAGGCUGGGGCUGCAAGAUUCCUGAGCACCCUGGUGUGCGAGAACCCCACCCAUGGCAUACCAUCAGCUUCCAAAGCUUGCUCACUUCGUUUCCUAUAGACUCAUCAUUAACAUUCUCAGCCAGGGCUGGGACCCAGGAGUGUUACCCACAGAUGUUCCCAAACAGGCACAUUUUCACUCGUUCAACAAAUCCUGACAAGUGACCCGUCACGUCAGCCAGUGUCUUGGAAGGGGUGCACUGACUACAAUAACAUUGACUUG